AUGCUCAAAGAAAAGCUGACCACCGCACCUGUGUUGGGGUAUCCCCGUACUGAAGGAAAGUUCAUUCUGGAUACAGACGCCUCAAACAACAGUGUCGGAGCAGUCCUGUCGCAGAUCCAGUGGGGAGAAGAGAGAGUUCUGACCUAUGCCAGUAGCCACCUGUCCCCAGCUCAACAAAGGUACUGCGUCACUCGUCGUGAAUUACUCGCUGUUGUUCGCUUCACACGCCAGUUCCGCCAUUAUCUACUGGGCAGGAAGUUCCUACUACGGACCGACCAUGGCAGUCUCACCUGGCUUUUCCGUUUCAAGUGCCCUGAAGGACAGCUAGCUCGUUGGCUGGAAGAGUUGAGCCAAUAUGACUUCCACAUUGAGCAUCGGGCUGGUAAGCAGCAUGCUAAUGCAGAUGCCCUAUCAAGGCUGCCAAACAACAUGGACAAAUGUGACUGUUACCAGGCAGGGAUAAAUCUGUCAGAUCUGCCAUGCAAAGGGUGCAGGUAUUGCUGGAAAGUUCAUGAACAGUGGGCCAAGUUCGAAGAAGAUGUGGAUGAUGUUGUGCCACUAGCAGUAAGGUGCAUUGAGCCCCAAGGCAACGCAAAUGUUGAUGGCACUCAGUCGGUUGAGAGUCAGCCAUCUGCACCUUUGCCAGAGACCCCCGAAGUCAACUGGCUUGAGUCCCUUAGUCCCGAGCAGCUGGCAACAUUGCAGAAAGCAGAUUCUGUUCUCGCUACUCUUCAUACAUGGAAGGAAACAGGGACACUCCCCACCAAAGAUGAAGUAAUGCUGGAGGGCCCUGCUGUGAUGGCCCACGUAUGGACACUGCUCAACCGCUGUCCAUACCCGAGCCAGAAGCCGCAACACAGUGUGUUAUCCUGA